AUGCUGCAUUUCCACCAUAAGUUGCCCACGGGGGCAGCCGUGGUCCUGCUCGCCGUUCUCCUCCACGGAUGUGCGAUACAAGCCGCGUCUCUCCCCCGUCACUACCGUCUCCGAGGCAACGCUGGUGAAGGGCAGCCAGCCGGUUCUGACUUGCUCAAAGCUCUGGAGUACAUAGAGAACCUGAAGCAGCGUAACGGCGGUCGCCCAGGACCCCCGGCCGCCAACUACGACGAAGUGGACAAGUACAGGGUGCUGCUUCAGCUCGCGUCCCAGCAGCAGCAACAGGAUGAGGCCCCCGCGGAACGUCAGGACAUCACAGCGGAGCAGCUGAUGAGAACCCUGCUCAAGUCCCUCCAGGAUCAGGCAAAGUUCAGCCCAGCCUCAACGCCCCGGAAUGACCGCCGCCUUCACAGACACCGCACCAAAGACACAGAAACUGAGCAGAGCUCACCGGUGGAUUACACUAACUAUCCCAGAGCCCACAAGAAAUACCCGUUGAUGUUUGAGGAUGAGGAGAACACGGACGCUUCCAAGCGGACUACGGAGGAUCUGGACCAGAAGUACACCCCUCAGAGUCUUGCCAACCUUCGCUCCAUCUUUGAGGAACUUGAAAGGAUGCCCAUGUCUGUAGGACAGAAGAGAGACAUCUUUGGGGAAGAGGCCGAGGACACCGAUGAGGAGGGACACCCGAGAGAGGAGUGGGUUCCCGUGGAGGAACAAGAAGAGACCGAGGAGAUGGUGAACGGGAGCCACGAGGAAGCAGACAGGGCCCUUGGGGAUGAGGAGGAUGAAGAUGGCGAAGAAGUGCAGCGACGCUCGAGUCAGGACCAGGAGGACGCUGACGAUGACACCAAGCUGGUCGAUUACUACCUCCUUAAAGUUCUGGAGAUGACCGAUCAGACGCAGAACAGGGACCAGACCGGGGAGCAAAGAAAAAGACUCAUCCGUCCUUCCAUUGUUGAUCCUCGUACCGUGAAAGAGUUGCUGGAGCUCUCGUUGAAGCUCCACGUCCCCCCGCAGGACCUCAUCGACAUGCUGCUUACGGAGGAGCUCCGGAAGCUCCACCGCAACCCUCCGCCUCAGUCUCGCUAUACAACCGGACAAACCCCAAAAGUCCGCUACUUCAGCCGCAGACUGCCCCUCAAGAGCAAGACCGCCGCCGCUCCUGAGGACAUGGACCGAGAGGACUUUUUAGACAUCAUCGGAGUGGAGACCAUCAGCAACGAGUAUCCCGUGAUACCCAGACCAGUCAAGUCAUCCUCAGAUCGAAUCCCGGCGAUGCCCAACCCUGAUACGAAUGCAGAAUCGGUCAAAAUCCCAUCUCCGGCCGGCCAUAGGGAGAAUAUGUUCUUGUCCGAGCUCAACAAGAUGCCGCUGCGACGUCAGGCGGAUGACGACGAUACAGAUGACGGCGAUGUGGAGGACGAGGUGACCACCUAUCUGGCGGCCAAAAUUCUCACGGAGUACCCGCCCAACGGGAUUGCUAAGCGGGACACCCAGGCACAAACCAAGGGCCGCUUCCCCUACGAGCUGUACGAGAGAGCCGUGAAAGACUACUUGAGCCAGGUGGACUCUGGGAGCAGACCUGUGGCCAAGAGGGAGGCCGAAGAGGAGAAGCCCACAGAGGUGCAAAGCGAAGAGGAGGGGAUGACGGCCAAAACCUCUGCUCCGGCACCGGGCACCACAUCGGGGGGAGAAGGUGGAGAGGGGUUCCGUGACAAGGCUGUGGCUGGAAUGUAA